UUCGGAGGUAUUUUUGGCACUCUUCCCCCCGAGGAUCCCCGCGCACGCGAUGCACGCGCGGCCACGAGCAGCAUCACGGCAGGGCUGGGCUGCCAGCAGGCCGGCAGCGCUGCGCAUCGGCAGGCUGGGGACGAGCUGCCCGCGCGUCGGGGACUCGUGAAUUUCAUACUUAGAAACUAUACCCUACUCCAGGAGCUUUACACGAGUGUCGUCACAUGCUGGCCAUGAAUGGGUACUUGAACGAAUCCAACUUCACGAUGGUGGAGGAGGGCUUCACCACUAGGGACCUCCUGGAGAACCUCCUGGUGGGGCUGUGCCCGUCGAGCGACCAGCAAGCCUUCUUCGUGGCAGACCUCGGGGACAUCGUGAAGAAACACCUGCGCUUCCUGAAAGCCUUGCCCCGCGUGAAGCCGUACUUCCCUGUUAAGUGCAACAGCAGCGGAGGAGUGAUUCGGCUGCUGGCUGAGCUGGGGGCAGGCUUUUCCUGUGCCAACAAGACAGAGAUUGCAGCGGUUCAGAGCAUCGGGGUCCCGGCUGACAAGAUCUUCUACAGCAGCCCCUGCAAGCAGAUUGCCCACAUCAAAUACGCAGCCAGCCACGGCGUGCGGCUGAUGGCCUUUGACAAUGAGGUGGAGCUGGGCAAGGUGGCCAGGAGCCACCCUCACGCCAGGAUGCUUUUGGGUAUUGCUGCUGACUCCAGCCCCUCUGCACACCCGAGCAUGAUGUUUGGUGCCACGCUCAAGUCCUGCCGGCGCCUGCUAGAGGCAGCGAAGGAGCAGGCUGUGGAGGUUGUUGGCAUCAGCUUUCACCUCGGGAGCUGCAGCCUGGAGCCCCAGGGCUUUGCCCAGGCUGUCGCUGAGGCACAGCUGGCGUUUGACAUGGGCGCAGAGCUGGGCUAUCGGAUGCACCUCCUGGACAUCGGAGGGGGAUUCCCUGGCACUGAGGACGCCAGAGCUCAGUUUGAGGAGAUCGCUGCCAUGAUAAACUCUGCGUUGGACACGUAUUUCCCGGAGGGCUGCGGGGUGGAGAUCGUUGCAAGACCUGGGCGAUACUACGUCACCUCGGCCUUCACUCUCGCAGCCAGCAUCACCGCCAAGGAAGAGGUUCCUGUGGAGCAGCCAGGCUCUGAUGGGGAAGAGUCUGGCAGCAAGAAGAGCCUUGUCUACCACCUCAGUGAUGGCAUCUAUGGCACCUUCAGCUGCGUCCUGUUUGACAGCCCCUGCCCGAAGCCUCUGCUGCACAAGAAGCCCUGCCCAGGCCACCUCUUAUGCAGCAGCCUCCGGGGUCCACCAGGGCACUCAGAGGACCGGAUUGCUGAAGGCAUGGAGCUGCCUGACCUGCAGGACGGCGACUGGCUGAUUUUCCAGGACAUGGGUGCAUACACCAUCGCCGCUUCAUCCCUGCUGGGUGGGUGCUCCCAGCCACAGGUCACCUACGCCAUGUCACGCCUGGCCUGGAAGGCCAUCCAGCUCUUCCAGGGGAAGCCGCUGCCGGCAGAAGAUGACCAUGAGAGCGCCUGCACCCCCUUGUCGUGCGGCUGGGAGAUGGUGGAGUCGCUCUGCGUCCCCCCGGUUUUUGCUCCAGCCGGCAUCAUCUGAGCAGCACGGGGAUGGGGAAGGUGCUGUGCCAGCACCCCUGUGCCCGCACCCUGUCCUGGGACCCCCGGGCAGCCCUCAGUGCCCCGCAUGGAUCCUGCUGCUCCUGCUCGUGUGGUGCUGUGUGCCUGCUGCAGGGGCUGGGCGGGCAGGCCGACGGGUUUGGGUUCUUUUUUAAAGAGUUAUGGUAAUAAACGGUUGUUGAGCGUG